GCCUCACCCGGAAGCGCGCUGCUGGUUUGAGGGUGCGCUCCGGUAAAAGAGAACAGAAGGAGGCGGUGUAACCGGAGCCUGGCGGUGCGGUGGGGUGGGGGGAAGCUGGCAGCUGCAGCCCGGCUCGGGGGAAAGGCAGACAGGAGAGCAACAUGUCUUUCCAGGAGUGCUGGGAGGAGUGGGAGGCCCUGGACAAAGAUUAUCAGCUGUUACAGGAAACACACAAACACUACAAGCAGCAGUUGGAAGAGGUGAUCAAACUUCAGAAUGCCUGCCUCAGUUCCAUCGAACGACAGAAGAAGAAAUACAAGGAACUCUCCAAAAGUCUUGAACAAUGUCAGUUGCCAGAGAGCGAAGAGCAGUGGAGAGACAUUGGUUUCAUCCAGGGACUGAUGAAGGAAAGACAAAACAUCUUCUUUGAAAUGGAAGCUUUCCUCCCAAAAAAAAAUGGGCUGUACUUGAGUCUGGUUCUGGGAAAUGUCAAUGUGACCCUGCUCAGCAAACAGGCCAAGUUUGCCUACAAGGAUGAAUAUGAGAAAUUCAAGCUAUGUCUUACCAUCAUCCUCCUCCUCAUCUCCUUCAGCUGCAGAUUCUUGUUAAACUCCAGGGUGGUAGAUUCUGUGUUCAACUUCCUUUUGGUGUGGUACUACUGUACACUUACAAUUCGAGAGAGCAUCCUCAUCAACAAUGGAUCCAGGAUUAAAGGCUGGUGGGUAAUGCAUCAUUAUGUUUCAGCCUUCCUGUCUGGAGUUAUGCUGACCUGGCCCGAUUCGAAAAUGUACCAGAUAUUUCGAAACCAAUUCCUCUCAUUUUCUAUGUAUCAGAGCUUUGUGCAGUUCCUACAGUAUUAUUAUCAGAGUGGCUGCCUGUACAGACUCCGAGCCCUGGGAGAGAGACAUAACAUGGACCUGACUGUAGAAGGUUUCCAGUCUUGGAUGUGGAGAGGCCUCACGUUUCUUCUACCGUUCUUGUUCUUUGGUCAUUUCUGGCAGUUUUAUAAUGCAAUCACCUUGUUCAGACUAACCAACCACCCAGACUGUAAAGAAUGGCAGGUUUCCAUGUGUGGUCUCGCAUUUCUCGUCUUGUUCCUUGGAAAUUUCCUGACGACUGUUCGAGUCAUCUACCAAAAACAGAAACAGAGGGAGAAAAAUGUCAAUAAACAAUUGUGAAACGUGAGAAAGAGCGGAAGACUGGACUUGAUUAUCGUUUUUGCGUUGAAGAAUUGCAGAAAGUGCAUGUCACGUUGUUGCUGCUGGGCCUUUGCCCUGGACACUGGGGCCCACACGUGAGCUGUGUGCGUGGGGAGUGUGUCAAAGCAAGAUCUGUCACUGCUCAAAAUAAUCAUCCAAUAAAAUUGUACAGACCUGCUCGAUACAGUACCCCGGACGCACUGUAAUGUUCCUGCCCCUUACUACUGCUCAUCAGCUGGGGCAAAAUGAUCCAGAGGUAGGACGUCACGGGAGGAUGUCACUGUAUAGAUGUUCAAAUAAUAAAUAUCAACACAGCUUUUCUUUUUCAGUAACGGGAGAAUUAGAAUUGUGAUAAUUAGAAACAGAAAGCGCUGGGAAAGCUCAGAAACUCAGACAGUUGAGAGGGACGUGCCAUUAUCGUUUUGGGUCGGUGGCUGAGUUCAGACAGAGGGAUGUAGUUUCCCAAUCCCAGAUUGGGUAGCGCAGUGGGCUGGUCACAGAAGAGUGACGCUGACGUUGGGCUGGUGCUCCCUGGGCAACACCAAGGGUUCCAUUGACAGAAGCCGCCAACGAGAGGCGGGAAAUUCUCUUCUUGGCAUCUGCCGGGAGAGCGGGCCUGGAUGGCAGUGGAUUGGCCAUGGAGUGGUCAAUCAAAGACAUAGCGGGCCAGAGGUACUAGAGAUUCAGUCUCUGCUGGGAGUUGGGAAGGUGAAUGGUAACGAAUACCGGACUGACAGGCCUCAGUGUAGCAGCAGGCCUAUAAACUGAGCACUGAGUGUACAGCUGCAUCACUGAGACAUCAGUCACCCCACCCCCACUUUUCAGGGGCAACAGUCGAAGAGUAUGAUAUCUCCGAACCGAGUCAGUGCAGAAUAGGUGAGGGAGGGCAGCUUACUUGUACAUCAUUCCUCUGCCUCACAACAUCUGGGCAAUGGCUCUGACCAUUUACGACCCAUGCCCUCUGGAAAAGGCAGCACUAGGAUGUUGGAGGGGUGCAGUUGUGCCAGGUUGUUGGACAUGGUGAGACUGGGAGCAGUGACAAGCGUGGGCAUUUUAUAACUCGACUCCCUAGGAAAGGGCAUUGGAGGCAACCUGGUACUGGGGGCAGCAGGAGGGGCAAGUGGGGCAGCGUCGGGAGGAGAGUGGGUACGCUAAGGACUGACGACAGCGGUGGUUCACUGGGUGAAGAUUAGGGGUCCCAAGCAACACUCUCGAUGGGAUUCCUGGGCCUGGGAGAGUCCCAGCAUAUUCUGCAGACAGGGGCAGUCAGUGGAGGAGUUAAUGGUAAACAGUCAAGUGGCAAAGGCUGUCCUUGCAAUGGGCCAGGCCCACAGCCUGCAGACAAGGCCCCUGGCCACACUGGGGGUAGAGCUAACCCUCAGGUAGAGGGGGAGAAUCAUGCAGGAGCGGGCGUGAGCACAAGAUGCCACAUCAUUGAGAGCAGAUAAUGGGCCAUCUGAGUGGAUUUGUCUCUGUUGAUGGUUCAGUUAGAAUGGAAGAUCGUCAUGACGGCACAGAGACUCCUGUGUGUUUGAAGCUUGCUCAGAAAGUGAGGUGAAGGUUAUGGCUGGGGGAGAUGUUUGAGCAGCACAUUGGUGAGAUGCCCCCUCCCUCUGGCUGAUACACCCUGUAGGGAACCACACAAUUGGCCAAGGCAAAGCAAGCAUAUCUUCAAGGUGCUGACGGCAUGUUUAUUGCAGGUCGAUGUUAGUCAGUAGCUUUGAUUUAUAGCAUUUCUAUCCAUAUCUGGGUACUGUACAAGCAACAAGAACCACUUCCUUAGGGGAGAUAACGCUUCUCCCACAGGAGCCUCCUACACAGCCUGAUAUAGGCCUGAAGGUUUCUGGCUCCUGAUAUUCUCAAAGGCUGAAGGCAUCGUGAUGUCUGUCCCAGAACCAAGUCCAGACCAACGAGAUCCCAUUCCUCCACUCAUGGUCCAGUCGCACCUUACUGAGGGAAAACCCUUCCUGAUCAGAAAUCUGACUGACUGCUCGGUCAGUGUCUCACAAUGACCCUCUGGACCUUAGGGAAACCAUCGAAAGAGGCAAACGCCCAACUCCCUCUGUGCCUGCACUGGCCCAGCUCUCUCCUCACUGCCGCCCCGCCUCCCCCUGUCCUGUUGGAGGAGGGUGCCCCUGGUCUCCCUGCCCCCUGAUGUAGCUGACACUGAGAUGCUGGUAGCCACACAACUGAUCCCAGCAAUGACCUGGAUGGUCAUCAAACUGAUGGUGAUGUGGAGGAAGCAGAGAAGGGACUCUCAUGGGAGACUCUGAGGCACCACAGAGUGAACCUCCAGACUGCCUGCCUGAACUGGCACCGUUUCCACUGGCACUGGAGAGCUGGCCAUUUGCAGGUGACUGACCAGUGGGUGAUGGAUCUGAUGUCUAGGGCAGUAUCUUCUUCCUAACCAGGAAUGUUGCUGAAACUGCUCCUGGGUACGCUGUGCAAUGUCAGAGCCCUCUGUCUAUGUAAUCUUGUGCAGCUCUGUGGUCUGAAACGUGUUUCCACAAAUUCACAAAUGACUGGAAUAUAGAGCAAUAAACAGUUCAGCCCAACA